AGAGACGAGAUUUCGUAAGGCCGCCUGGACGAACUUAUCAAAAUAUUACAAAAUCUCUCCGUGGAAACGUAUCUAAAGUCUUAUGAGAUAUGAUUUCCUUCCUCAUAAGUUAUGAAUCAUUAAAAAGGAUACUCAAAACUAAGGCUGUGUCCCGAAACAAUAACAAAAUACCCUUUUAAGACUUCUUCGCUAUCUCUUAGAUAUUUCCAGUUAACAGGGCGCGCGCCUUAUCAGAAAAACUGAACAAUUGCUACGAGAUAUUAACACUGUGAAAGCUUUGCAUAUAGAUAUCUCCCCGCUUUUCAUAUUAUUUACAGCCGCUUGAAAAGUGCUCGCGCGCGGCUUAGUCCAGACAAAUUCGACGCAAAUUAUGCUUUUGGCAGGUAUUUUUUGGGUGGCCGCUAUAUUGCGGUCAUGGUUAUUUUUAGGCCGCAAAAACUACCGGCGAAAUAAUCGCAGCAAAAGGCCUCUCGCUACACUGCCAUUGUAUCAGUGUUUGAAUUAAUAAACUGGCUUGCAAAUAACGUGUGAUUAAAUGGCUAUUACGAACCAUUACUGGCUUUGUGUUCGCAAAAUCUUGCAUCUGUCGCGUUCUCAGCUAAUAAUUGAUUUCGCAUUUGUCCAUUCGGAGUUUGUUAACGAUUUCAUGCGAGUGAUUCGGUUUUUUCGUCCUUUUCUCUUACCGCCGGCGCCCUCGUUUAGCCGACCGCUCAAAACAACUUACCAAUUACUAAAACGCAAAAUUAUAUCCACUCUUCGCGAAAGCGGGAUCCUGCGUCUUCACAAACACCAUCAGCGCCGAGAUGAGCUUAUUAAAGGCCAAUACGUAGCUUGUAUCAUUAUUUAUCUAAACCAACAUCUCGGUAAAUAUUAAAUUUGUCAUUUUUGGAGUUUUGGACGCGUGUCACGUGACCCGAGUCCACCCCGCGAUUGUUCGGUGUUUAGACAGGGCGCAGGUGUAUCGCGGGCACAGAUGGCGGUCGCGGCAAAAUUCUCAUCAUUGUGAAAGACUCAACUGCGCAUAACUGAUGGCCAGACCCUUUUUAAAAUCUCGUCAUUUCGCAGCCAUCCGAGAAGCGCGCACCAUCAACGAAACACUCUGAAGAUCCGGCUGAAAACAAUUUCGAUUCUCAAAUCGCAGAUCUUGGAGUCGGACAGCCAACCGGAACUGCGAAGGUGUAAAGAGAAAAAAUAAGGAGUAGAGAACGUAAUGAGCCUUGAGCCAGCAAGAAUCGACGAAGAAGAGGCAAAAACACUCGGAAUUCAUACAGUUCGUACAGAGGACGGCGAGAUUUUAGCAAAAUUCAACCACGCACUGGCUUCGAUUGUAACAACGGAAGGAUUUGCCACCCACAUGGGAGGGGUGAACGGCAAUUUAUGUCACAUACCUCAGAAAAAACUCAAGCUGACGUCCGCUCUGUGGUAUCCUGAGGCAGGCCUGCACUAUCCAGUCCCUGGGCUUGCUUAUCACUACCUUGUGGGUCCAGAACGAGCCGUUCAUAAUAGCGAAAGACCCUUUCAUGAUACAGAAACCGAAGCAGGCUUUUUGCAGGCAAUCAAGGAAUACGAUGAAUUCGAAGAGUGGAUUGAUGGCUCUGCCAAACUUCGCUACUCGCCCUACAGCAGAGAGGCUCAAGCACACAUUUCAGGCUGGGCCAUGAAGUACACUAACAACCACAACAAGUUUGUGUUGAAGAAGACUUGUGUCGGAGUACUGCUCUGUAGCCAGGACUGCACUUUACCGAAUGGACUCAAGAUUGUCGUUAGGCCUGCUAUAUCCGAUAAAGUCCGUGAAAGACAAAUGGGUCAAAACUGCCCGAACGCUAACUGUACAGGAACGCUCGCCCAUAGGAAAUGUACAGGUAAUAAUGGUUAUCCAGUGACCCAUUUCUGGGUACAUCAAGAAGACGGCAUCUAUUUUGAAUCCAAAGGCACGCACGAUCACUUCAGACCUCAAGCGAGGAGAGCGACUCCUGAUAGAAGCUCCAAUAAUAAACUUAACAGCACUAAACUGAACAGCGAACAGACUAAAAACACGGAAGAUAAGCCGGCGGAAAAACUGGAGGGUUCUUCCACUUCGUCAGAGGGAAAAAAGUAUAAGUCUAGGAAACGGCAGCACGCUGAAAUCGCGGACAGUUUAUCAGUAAAGGAAACGGAUAUCGCGCACAUGUCUUCCUCGUUGUCAGCUGGAUUAUUACGAGGCUAUUCAAUCGAAGAAGAAGAUCAAUACAUCUGUGUGACCUUACCUGAAUCAGAAACGCUUUUCCACCGAGCUCUGUCGUACGAUCAAACAAACAUCGCCACGUACGGGAAACUUUACCUACUCUGCCAGACUUUCCAGGACGUUGUUCCCGGAUACACUUUGCUUGAGACCCGGAUGAUAUCGCGCAAUGUGAUGGGCUGGCCUGUUGUUAUAGCGACGUUAUACCGAAAAGGGACGAAGGAAGGUCAAAUUCAUCACAUGAAGACGUUGGCUCGACUUUGUUCCACACCCGAAGAAGACUUUUUUUCGCCCAAGUGGCAGAUGGUGAUCCACGACUUUCCCGCUGACCAAGCUCAGAUGGUGACCGAGGCGAUAGUAAACAUGAUCAUCAAUUCUCAAGUGCAGACACUGCUCAAAGUAUUCCAGUACAAGAGUGUUAGUUCCCUGUACAAGAUGCUCAGAGAGAAAAUAACCAGCAGUCUGCAAAGCUACGACAUGCACUUUGAACUGUGCAAGCGAGAAAUUAUCACCAGGUUACAAGAUCCACUGCUGACGAUGAAGUUCCGCGAAAUGACGCAAAGACUCACAGGAAGCAAAUGCACUGCGCAGGAGUAUGUGAGCACGGAUUGCAUGCUGUCAGGAGGAAUAUUUGGAUCCGUUAUUCGAGAGUUCUGGAAUUUCUGGGGAAGUAACAUUGUUGCUCCUAAAGUGUUCUCUGUCGCUGGCGAGUUGGUGGGAAGAAGAGAAAAGUCAGAGCAGUGGCAACGAAGACAAGCAGGUCUUGAUUUCCCCAGUGAUCCACAGAAAGUGACCUUACAGCGCAUGAGUGAGGUGGUGGUCACGUGGUGUCACUACCAGUCUGACCAUUGGCCAAAAUCAGUUGUACAAGAAAGCAUGGCCAACUUCACGCACUUACGACCCGAGGAGAAAAGGCUCCGCUUCAACAUUGAGCGACCUGGGUCCGCGUUCCAUCGGCCAGUCACUUACCCCACCUUACCCAUGCCUAGAUUUCACUGGUGUUGAGGGCACCAUGACGACACGAUUUGAAAAUUUUGUAAAUAAAUGACAUUUUUGAAGUAGUUUAAGAAUUUUACCACGACAUUUUGCAUCACUGCAUGUCGAGAGGAUGACUAAACCGUCUUUUUAUGUAAGAAUUAUUGGCUGUCAACAAAACAAGAUUAUAGCAAAAUUUCGAGUUGAACUCAUGAAUCAUCAAGCUCACGGCCAGCGAUUGUUCGCCAAUUAAAACUUAAGGGAACAACCGCUGGCCAAGGAGCUUGAAAACUCGUGGUUCAAAACUAGUUGUUGUUAAAACGUUUGUGAGAAAUCUUCACAUGAAUUAACUUCUUACAGAUAUUUAAAAUAAGGCUUUAAAAGCACGCACCAUAUCCGGCAUUGAGUUGAAAACCUUGCAAUAUUUCAACGAGCUUGCUUCUAAUAUAUAUGGGCCUUUUGUAUUAUUUUAUUCAGUUUUGUCAGUUAUGUCUCGUUAUAAAUUUGCAUGCUGCAGCAUCUAAGGACAAAAUUGGGAAUUGAAACUUAAUAACUGUCAUCAUUGUUUUUAACGAGAGAGGGUUCAGCUCUUUCCCUGUUAUAUAAACAAAGAAUUGUUUUCAUUUAUAAGUGGAACGAAAACUACUCGAAGGCAAAGACAUUUAAAAGAAAUUGAAAUCGAAGAGCUAAAUAAAUACGUUUAUAUCACCAAAGUUCACCCCGUAAAAAUCGUGCGAAACAAGUACAAAUAUCACGAGGAAUUUGUUCUGUAGGAAACUGGUCUAACAGGUUUUUUGUAGUACUGUUGUCAGUCUAAAGCCCCGGCCAAACGAUCACAACAUGUCAACGCAACAUAUCGCAACAUUGUCGGGCGCA